AUGGCAGAUAAGGAUAGCGUGGAGAAAUACCUGGAGAACAACCCGCAGUUCGCCAAAGAGUACUUUGAUAAGAAGGUCCGCGCCGAGGCCCUUUCUGCCGCCUUUUCUGCCCCUCUCGACAUCAAGGACACCGCUUCCUUCAAGGAUGUUAACUCUGUGCAAGAAGCCGCCAUCAUCUUCGAGCUGGUCCAGGAGAUGCAGAAACAGACCAUCAUAAUGGAGGAGUCACUUCACAAAGUGCUGCAAAGAGUCGCCCUGAUUCUACAGGCCGACAGGGUCAGCUUUUACAUGUGCCGGUCCAGAAAUGGAACACCUGAGCUUGCCACAUGCCUCUUUGACGUGACUCCGACGUCCAAGUAUGAGACAAACCUGGUCAACCCUCAGGGAGAAAUUGUGUUCCCUUUGGAAAUGGGUGUCGUCGGGCACACUGCAUCUUCCAAAAAGCCACAAAAUGUUCCGGAUGUUUCAGGGAAUAAAAAGUUCUGUGACUUUGUGGACAAACAGACGGGAUACAAGACUAAAUCCAUGCUCACGUUCCCUCUGUUGGCUGACAAAGAGUGCAUUGGCGUUGUCAUGGCACUAAACAAAAUAGGAGCUGAUGCGUUCUCUGCUGAAGAUGAGAAGCUUUUCCACAAGUAUAUGAACUUUGCUCAAGUCAUCGCCCUGCAGCAUUUCACAGCCUACAUGUUCAACGUGGAGUCCAGAAGGAGUCAGGUGCUUCUGUGGACGGCCAGUAAAGUGUUUGAGGAGUUGACAGACAUUGAGAGACAGUUCCACAAAGCGCUCUACACUGUAAGGACCUAUCUGCAAUGUGAACGAUACUCAGUGGGUCUGUUGGACAUGACCAAAGAGAAGGAAUUCUAUGAUGAAUGGCCUGUGAAACUGGGAGAUGUGGAACCCUAUAAAGGACCAAAAACGCCAGACGGCAGGGAAGUCAACUUUUACAAGAUUAUUGACUACCUCCUGGAAGCAAAAGAAGAAAUCAAAGUCAUACCGAGCCCACCUGCAGAUCACUGGGCUCUAGUUAGCGGACUUCCUACCUAUGUUGCAGAGAAUGGCUUUAUUUGCAACAUGAUGAACGUGGCUGGAGAUGAAUACUUCACUUUCCAGAAAGAGGCUGUGGAUGACACAGGUUUCCUCAUCAAGAACGUUUUGUCACUGCCCAUCGUCAACAAGAAAGAAGAAAUAGUGGGCGUCGCCACUUUCUUCAACAGGAAAGACGGCAAGCCAUUUGAUGAGCACGACGAGCAGAUCACUGAGGCCCUGACUCAGUUCUUGGGUUGGUCGGUGCUGAACUGUGACACCUACGACAGGCUGAACCGCAUGGAAUGGAGGAAAGAGAUCGCAAUUGAGAUGCUCAUGUACCAGACUAAAGCCACCACAGCUGAAGUGCAGUCCAUUCUGAACACAAAAGAGAAGUUUGAUUCUGACCCUGAAGACUGUGACCAGAAAGAAAUGUACAAACUGUUGAAAGCGACAUGUCCCGCUGCGGACAACGUCAACGGAGAGAGUCUCUACCUGUUCUCCUUCAGCGACUUCCCCGUCACGGAGCACGGCCUCAUCAAAGCCGGCAUUCGCAUGUUCUUUGAGCUCGGAGUGGUUGAAAAGUUUAAAGUUCCAGCAGAGACGCUGACCAAGUGGAUGUACACAGUGAGGAAGGGCUACCGUGCAAUAACCUACCACAACUGGAGGCACGGCUUCAACGUGGGCCACACCAUGUUCUGUCUGCUGCAGACAGGAAGGCUGAGGAAGUACUACUCUGAUCUAGAUGCCUUCGCCAUGGUGGCCGCUGCUUUCUGCCACGAUAUUGAUCACAGAGGGACCAAUAACCUCUACCAGACAAAGAGUGCGGCUCCUCUGGCUAAACUCCACGGCUCCUCCAUCAUGGAGAGGCAUCACUUGGACUUCAGCAAGACGCUCAUGGCCGACGAGACUCUGAACAUCUUCUGCAACCUGCAGAAGCGCCAGUUUGAGACUGUGCAGCAUUUGUUCGACGUCUGCAUCAUCGCCACUGAUCUGGCCCUGUACUUUAAAAAGAGAACCAUGUUCCAGAACAUUGUGAAUGCCACAGAGCCAAUGGGAGAUGAGAAGGAGGCCAUUGCUUACAUUUCCAACAACCCUGUUAGGAAGGAAAUCAUCAUGGCCAUGAUGAUGACAGGUUGUGACUUGUCAGCUAUCACCAAGCCCUGGGAGGUUCAGAGCAAGGUGGCUCUGAUGGUCGCAGCUGAAUUCUGGGAACAGGGAGACUUGGAACGAUCUGUUUUGGACCAGCAACCAAUUCCCAUGAUGGACAGAAACUGUGCCGAACAGCUACCCAAGAUGCAGUGCGGUUUCAUUGACUUCGUGUGCGCGUUUGUAUACAAGGAGUUCUCCAGGUUCCACAAAGAGAUCCAGCCAAUGUUUGACGGCCUGAACUUCAACAGGUCACAGUGGAACGCGCAGGCCGAGGUGUACAAUGCGAAGAUGAAGGCCAUCGAGGAUGAGAAGAAGAAACUUGAAGAAGAGGAAGCCAGAAAAGCUGGAGGUGGUGAAGGUGGGAAAUCAAAGACUUGCACCAUCUGCUAAGUUCCCGCAGUGCUCGGAUCUGGACUGAUGUGGUCUGGUUAGGGCUUAGCUAGGCUACGCUAGCCUAAUCUUGUCUAACAACUAGUCUAGUUGGAGUCUGACUUGUCUAGCUCGGUCUGGUCUGAUCUACACCAGCGUAGUUCUCUUUCCAGUUAGGUGCUGUCCACUCUGGUGCAGGUCAGUCCGGCCCUGGUCUGGUCUGGUCUGGUCUGGAACAGUCUAGCCUAAACUUUAGUCUACUGUAGUCGUGGUCUGGUCUACAGUCCGGCCUGAUCGUUCUCUGAGGAGGGAAGAGUCAGAAACAUCAUCAUGAAGAAGUACUGUUGGGACUCUGACUGCAAGAGAAGCUGUUUGACUUUGAUAUGUUUGAAACUUCCUCCGUCUUCUGCGUUUGCAUGAACAUUUGAAAAGCAACAACAUUCAAGGACAACAUAUAUUUCCCUUUAUGAUAGCAAUAAUGUAAAAAAGAUUCUGACAUGUAUGGUUUGACACCAUGGCUGGAAAAGCUCUUAAACUGUUACAAAUUAAGCUAAAGUACAGAUCCAAUCUGUUGAGUAGCACUUUAGGUUGUACGAUGCACUUAGCAGCUGCUGUUGUAGCAGCAGCAGGCCAUGCAUGGAGGCUGAGACGGGACAAAAAAAGGACACAACUUUAUACUUCUGGGAUCUGGGUGGAAAAAUAUGUGUCUGUUUUUUUUGGUUGAAGUAGCCUGAAUUGUGAAAGCAUCAAGGAUCUGUUAAUGCUGUUUAACAAAGCUUGCAUCAACGGCAGUGAUGACUAGCAAUGGCUGAUGUUCUCUUACCUCAAAAGGCGCUGAUGAGUUGUUUAAGAGUGUAUUUAUUUCAAUAUGCAAUCUAUCAAUGUAAGUUGUUUUUUUUUGUUUUUGUUUCAUUGUCAGAGAAUUUUCUACUUGAACUGUCUUUAUGAAUGGAGAGUUUGAGUGGAGCUUUGAAGGGAGGGUGUUGUGAAUCUGUGAAGAAAUGCACUCUUAAACCACAAACGUGUUGAACUUAAGUGUCAUCUCUCAGAACAAAAGCUGUCAUGUCCAAAAGCCAUGACAAAUGACUUACACGGUAAUAUGUUUUAUUAACACCAGUGUUUAGCCCACAAUUUACGAUACCAUGUUGGUUUGAAAAAGAUCUUUUGAGUGUGCAUGAUUUUGCAUGUAUAUAGUUUAUAACAUAGAAAAUGUAAAGUACAAAUUGUGUAAGAAUACAUGAAGCAUACGACUGAUUUGAAGGAUGUACAGUUAAAGCAACCUUUGCUUCUUGUAAGGAGGCAAGAGUCAGUUAAACAGGGUGCAGUAGAUCUACCUGUCCUGUAAGAAGAUUGGGUAGGAUUUGAUUUGAUUGCCAGCCAGCAUUUGAGAUCCACACAGCUUUACUCUUUAAAUACCCUUCUUACAGAGGAGGUAAGGCAGGCUACCAAAGCCUUACAUGUACUUGCAGAUGACUUUGUUUAAAAUGUGGCAUUUGCAGUUAUAGCAUCAUUGAUUGUAUGCUGGUAAAAAGCCUAAGUCCUCUGCUGUUUUGAUUCAACUCCCUGCAGUCUCUCUCCCCAUCACCUCUCCAUGCAAACUGGAAUUGAACUUGAUUCAGUCAGGCAUGUGAGAAGAAAGCAAACCCCCAGUGAACUUUCUGAAACACUUUUAGCAAUAUCCCCUCCCGGGUGCUAAUACAAGCUGCGGCUCUCGACUUCCUGUUACACAAUGUUAUCUCCUCUAAUCAACAGAGCAUCAAUCAAAGGCACUUAAUCCUAUCAGAAUGGCUUUGGGACUACCUGGAAACUCCUUUCCUGCUGCUUGGGGGGACAGCAAGGAGCUGUUGUGAUCACUGGAGCCAAAACUGUUCAAAACAUUUGUUGAAGCUGCCGCAAGUGAUGCAAUUUAAAUGAUUUAAACCUCCUUCUCCUUGCUGACAUUAUUAUAUGGAUGGUUUCACUACCAGUUCUGUCUCCAGUGAAAAAAUGUCCUCUUGCUUUUCCUUCAAGGAUCCUUUUCUGAGAUAAAAAUUAAUGCACUGUGUACUUUCUACUUAUCCCAUCAUGUGUCGUUCAGACAUUAGAAAAUCUAUCAUUUGACGUAUGAAAUGACCUCUACUGUAUGUAUGUGUCAUGAGAUGUAAUAUGUGUAAGCAAAUAAAGGAAUU